CUGUUUCUUUAGAACUUGUUACUGCUGUGUGUUGUUUUCUGUUUCAGGUACCAUGGCAGGAGAUCGAAAAGGAGAACCCAGCAAGGAAGAAAAAUUGAUGAUUGAAUCAUUCAAGGCCAGUAUGGGUCUUGUCCUCAAAGAUCAGAUGAGACAACUAAGACUGGACCUAUGACAGGAACUCCAACAAGCUUCUGGUCAGAGUCUUGAGCCUAGAAGCAGUGAGAGGAGACAAAGACGUGAUCAUGAAGGCAGGGGCAAUCACAGAAAUAAAUUUUCUCAUCAAAAGCUGAAAAUCCCUCCUUUUCAUGGCAAGGCUGAUCCUGCUGAAAAUAAGAUGGAGUGGAGUGGAGUGGGAAGAGAAGAUGGAGUUGAUUUUCAAAUGUCAAAGCUAUGCUGAAGUAAAGAAGGUUCAAAUAGCCACUGCUGAGUUUUAUGGUUAUGCUUCAAGCUGGUGGAAUCAAUUGGUGUCGUCUAGGAGACACUAUGGAAAAGAACCAGUUGCAACCUGGCUUAAUUAAGGGCUUUGAUGCGCCAUAAGUAUGUUCCAAGACAGUACCACAAGGAAGUACUUCAAAAACAGUCUGAAACAAAGCCAUGCUCUGCAAACUCAGUCGAGGAACAACAAGGCAGAAUGAGAUCAAGUUCAUCCGGUGUUAUUGGUUUACCUAGCAAAACAACAAGAUGGUUCAGUGAGGGGGACAUAAAGAAGCUGUCUCAAGUGAUUAUGGAUGUUGAGAAACAACUCAGAGAGACCCACACCACACGUACAACCUUAGAAGAACAAAACCAAGAGUCAAUCACUUCAGUCUCAGAACUUUAUUCAGCAGAGCCGGUAUCAGCUGUGCCUAUUCAGGAAGAGCAAGCCAAAGCAACAUCACCUAUCUUUAAUAAAGAAGAGCAGCCUGGUCAGAACGUCAUUGUUCCUUUCAAACAAGACAUGGUAGCAGAGGAGAUACCCAGGGAACCACAGAGAGCUCACAGAAUGAAUCAACGAAUUGUCUUUGAUCCAUGUGAUUUUCAAAAGACCUUCUUAGGUCAGACUAUUUUGAGGUCUACACUUUUCGAAAAGAAGGGUUAUAAUGACCAGAGUAUCAAUGAUGAGUCCUUGGCUAAGUUGGCGAAGCAACAAGCAAACCUUGAAAACUGUCUAGCCGCCAGCUUUGACAUAGGAGCAGUCCAAGGAUCAUAUCUCAACAACCAAAGGGAUGAAAGCAACAAACUCGACUUCCAUGGAAACUUAACUCAUCAGGGGCUCACGGCGAAUUGGAAUCAUGUCUAAAGCUUCUCAGGGGAAAGAGUUAUGGGUUCUACAAGUCGGAUGAACCUGUGUUUGCUUUGUUUGAAUUUUUCUGAGUUUAGAACAUCUCAAUCCUAUCUAUGGCGACCAGGUGAGCAUGCUAAGAGCCAUGUACAGAUUAUGAUGAAGAUUUGAAGCAUACAAGGAGAAAGAACAAGCAUGAGGAAGACAAGCGUUUCAAGCCACCUGAUCUGAACCAGGAGAGACAUCAGGACAAUACUUGCUUCAUCCUCAUCAAAGAAGAACCUCCAGAUGCAGCAUACAAGCCAAAACCGAGCUAAAACCAAUUUGGGAUAAGACUCUUACUCUUUGAUAAAUUUUCAUGUGCUUACUGGUUUUGUUUCAAUGUAUCAGGUUUAAGGAAUGCAUCAAGUAGAACCAAACGGAUCAGUCCCUCCUACAUAAUCGAACCAAUCAGAAAUAAUGCCUAUCAAAGAGGCUUGCAAGGUAAGUGUAAUCUGAUUUUAAACUUUGAUAUUACUGACUUGGCCCCCUCUAUUGCAGGUAAAGUGGAUUUCAGGACAAAUCUUUUUGAAGAGGGAAGGGAUGAUGUGAUCAUGGAAAGCACCAAGGAAUGGAAGUAUUAACCUGAUCCUGAAGAAAUUGUAGCUGAGUAGGCAACAUUGAAGAAUGCUUGGAAAAAAGAAGUAUACAUUAGUCUUGGCCGAAGCUUGAUCAUCCAAGACACCUUAACCAUCAUUCAAGCUACUUCACCUUCACGCUGAUCAUCAUCUAGGCAAGUAGCUUGUGUGUGCUCUUUUCCUAACCUUUGGUUUUGUCCCACUGGGUUUUCCAAAGGAAGGUUUUUAACGAGGCCACAAGUCUACUUCUCCUAUCUCCUAGAUGAUUGAUCUUCGUCUGUCAACAUGAAGACCUUAUGUUAUAUUUUUUAAGCUAUGCUUUCAUAUUAUUUAGUUUUCGAAAACUCUAGUCUUUGUUGUGUUUCCAAGGGAGCCUUUGUCUUUAUUUCCCUUGUAUUUUCGAUACCUUGUGCAUGUACAAGGCUUCUCCUUUAUAUUCUGG